ACUGGGUGAACAGCGUCACAUGCGAUGUUAUUCUACCCAGAUUUUGUUGAUAAUUCACCUCAUUCCCGAGUGUCAUAUAAUUCCGUAACUAGAGCAUUAUUAUAGAGAUUGUUAUUUAAAGUGGCGUAUGGAGCGAAAUAGCUGUUAAAUCUGCCAUUGGUUUCCGGAAAAAUCAGCAGUUGAACCAUUUUGCAUAGUAUGUUUACAGUGGGCAAGAUGUCCCUUAUCGCAAUGGCUCUGCUGGUGAUCACCGUCCUUCUCUCCGCCUGGCAGGUGGGUGCCAUUGAUGACUGCUUGUGGUACGUGGAUAAAAAUGGCACUUGGCACAACGGGGUCCCCUGUCCCCUCAUGACCUUCUGUUGUGGGAACUGCCACAAGCGCUACUGUUGCUUGGAUGGCCUCAAGAGGAUCACUGAGAGGGAGCAGAAGCGCUGCAUGCUCUUCCAGUUCAGCCCUACCACCAUCGCCGGCAUGGCUUCGUCCAUCCUGCUCUUCGUGGCUAUCAUUGCUACCAUGGUGAGCUGCUUCAUGUGCUCCUGCUGUUACCUCUACCAGCAGCGACAGCAGCGUGGCAGGACGCACUAUGAUGCCCAGCACAUCCCUAUGGCCCCCUACCCCGUGGAGCCCAUGUAUGACGCUUACGGCAAGCCGCUGGUGAUGGGACAUCCUGAUUAUCCACACUCUGGUUACCCAAUGGCACCUCAGUACCCUGGCAUGCCACAGCCGUACCCCAUGAUGUACCCCGGGCCGUACACCCCGUACCCCAUGGCAGACCCUGGCUACCCUCAGGGAGCACCCCCUCCUUACUCCCCACCCCAGUACACCCCCCACCCCAGUCACUGAUGGGAUGAUAACAUGUACAUGGUGGGAGAUGAGAGGAGAAAGACAAAGGAAGGACUGCGUCAGAAAGAGAAGGCGACCACGAGACAACUCGGCUCUCCUAGUGGUUGUCCAGUGAAAGAUAACCAGAGGCACUUUCCUUUAUUUACUACAUCCUUCAAUGGAACAGAGCAUGUGUUGAGUUGGGUUUUCCUGUCAGUCCUGACACUGAACUUGAUUCCUACUGACAGUCUGGACAAUGUCACACCAAGUGAAGUAACCAUCCUGCAUCCAUGCACUCACUCUCACAUCCAUCCAUCACAAUUAGGGUAACCCAUUCUAUAAAGUCACACACUACCGUUUGUUUGACAUUCAUUCUCUGUUGAAGACGUUUGACUUGAGCAAUGGUCAACAUCUAUUUUCACAGUCUGGCCACUACCAGAUUAAAGCCAACAUGAGGUCAUACCUGCCUGCAGAUAACACUGUGUGUGGGAGCUGAUUGUAGAGUCGUAUGUUGAAUAAAAGUCAGAAUGCUCAGAGUUGAUUGCUCCUCUCGCUCUAUCGGAUCCCUUUAGCCAGCUCUUACUGCAGGUUCACAUUCUGUGGGGAUUUCUUUGCCCUCUCACGCUUAGCUUGUCUUUCCAAAUAGAAUAUCAUUAACUCUAUUCAUAUUAGAGAGUCAGUUAUCCAGGUUCUGCUACGUCCCAAGGUGUCAUUGUAAUCAGUUGUCAGAAAGUUUAUUUAUUAGUGGCAUCUGUGUAAAUGUUUUUCCUGUAAUAUAUCAGGUCAAUGUAUAUUUAAUAACUUAAAUAACAAAUCUGAGCCUUAUGUCAUCGUGAAUUCAAGAUAAACAAUUUCAAUACGUAUUUUGUAAAAUAUAUUUUAUGUUUGAAGGUUUACAUAUGAACAAAUAAUGAUCGUUUUAACAUACUAUCGCAACUUUUAAAAACAUUGUACCAUUAAAUGGUUUGAGCAUUUGUUUUACAGGUUAUAUUUCUGGUUAUUACAUUUCUCUCUGAGCCAUCGUUGUGCACCUUGUGUGAUGUUAGAGCUGCACAGUAGGACAUGACGUGUAGGACAUUAUUACCAGCAGGUGAAUGGCUCAUCCAGGUCAAAUGUGUUGGAUAAGGUGACAUUCUAUUUUACCAUCACUGAGAUUCUUGAUACAUUUUUCCAUUGAAAACACGAGUUGUUUCAAAGCACACUGAGAAUCUUGGCAUGAAAAAGGUGGAACAAUUAUGCAAAAUAUCUAGUGAUUCAGCUACUGUUUAUGUGUCAAUGUAAAACAAUGACAUACUAUUAUUUAUAACCACUAUUGUUACUAGGUCACAAUUUGAAUGACUUGAUUACUUUGGUAUUUAUUGUCAACAUGUAAAGUAAUAUGCACACCACAAUACAUACUUGACUUUAUACUGGGUUUGCUGAUGGGUUUGCUUAAUGAAUGCACUUAUUUUAUUGUGUACAUUUAACAUUUUUACCAGCGUGUAAAUCAAAUCUGUUACUAGUAGAACGGUUACCAGAUAUUACUUGUUGGUUGUUUAAUGGAUGUUGUAAUAUAUAAUAAGUGCUGUUUUUUCUAAUAACAUAAAUUAUAACUUUAGAAUGUAAAAUGCUGUAAUAGCUGUCUUUAAUUGCAUUUCAAAUACUCAUAGUUAAAAAAAUAACAUUUUUUAUUCAUUGCCUUGCAAUCAAUGAUAUCAUUACCUUCAUUGUGUAAAACUUUAGUUUACUAGAAGGUUUUGUUGAUGACGCCAUCAAGGCGGUUUCUGAUUGGAAGGCAGAAAAGUAAAUAUGUUAAGCAGGGGCGAUUUUAGAAUAUAAAUCUUGGUAGGGCAAAUAAUUAGUAAAAAAAUAUAUAAAAAAUGUAUGCAUGCCAGCAAAGCCACAACGCUCAACAAUACAUUAAUUGCACUAUAACGGUGACCACGAACUGUUAGGGCCUACAUUUAAAAAAUAAAUCUUUUUUUUUUUGAUUUUAUUUAACUAAGCAAGUCAGUUAAGAACAAAUUCUUAUUUACAAUGACAGCCUACCUCAGCCAAACCCGGACGACGCUGGGCCAAUUGUACGCCACCCUACGGAACUCCCAAUCACGGCCAGAUGUGAUUCCACCUGGAUUUGAACCAGCAACUGUAGGGUCACCUCUUGCACUGAGAUGCAGUGCCUUAGAUCGCUGUGCCACUCAGGAGCCAAUAAAGCUGUCCCAACAACAGUCCGGAUACCUUACCAAUGCUAUACCUGGCUAUCAGCGGAGUAAUUACAUAUUACAUCAUUUGGCAUAUUACAUCAUCAGCAGCAUACAAUAUAUUUUUGGACUCACCUUGUGCUGUGCUCAGUUGAACAGGAAGGUAGCACGACGGUCCUUCGUGGGCAAAUUUUGUCAUCAAAGUCUGGCAUUCUCUGUAUUUAUGGUGCUUUCAAGACAACUGGUAACUUGGAAAAAAAUCAGGGUCGAAUCAUGAUGAAUUCAGUGAUCUUCAGGUCGGAGCUCUAGAAAGAGGCCUGAGUUCCUGACUUACAAUUCCGAGUUGGAUGACUGUUCAAAAUGUAUUUUCCCAGUCGGAGCUCGUUUUUUCCCCAGAGUUCCCAGUUGUCCUGAACUCAGAUUUCCUUGUUCCGAGUUUCGAGUUGUUUUGAGUGCGGCAGAAUUCAUGCUGGAUUGACAGCAUGGCCAAUAUUGAAUGUUUAUCCUUUUAAGCUUGGAAAAGAGACCCUUAAACCCAGACUUGAGACCACACACCCACUCCACUGAAUAGCAGGCUAGUGAUUGCUUUGCAAUGCUUGCAGUUAGCCACUGAUUCCUUCCAAACCACUCAUUGUUGAAUUUGUGAUUUCCAACUUGUUGUGUAAUGUUAAUGUCCAAUGGCCGAUGAGCACCAAUAUGUUUUAUGUAUAUUUUCAAUUAGUUAUUUCUCUUCAUAUGACAACGAUUAAAAAUGAUUUGCCAGUA